AUGAAGCACUCAGCGGGGAUACUCGGAUAAUGGAGAAACCAAACUAAUUGUCAUUGCAACCGCACGGCGGUAUACUAGCUAAGGUAAUAACAGAAUUAGCAUAUGGUCGAAAGGCAUCAUAUCAUAACCGAUAUGGGCAUGAUGUGCGUACCGGCGCGUCGUCAUGUCUUGCUCAACCAAUACACUUUUCAGAUGCCUCAACUGCUAUAUAACUUCCGAUGGAUUUCCUUUUUCUUUUUUUCAUCAGUCUUCCAAGCACCUACGGCUUAGACUACUCUCUGAUUCACGCUAGGCAGAUAGCUACCUCACGCCGUCUGCACUGGCUAUCAGCAGCAGUACGCACUUCGCCAAAAAUUGAAAUGAGAGUCUGGAGUGCCAUCAUCACGCUUGCCUUACUUCCCAUUGUCGCAGCUCAUUUCCAUGUUGGCGCAAUCACUUCCUACAAUGGCCGCGAACUAAUUGUGGCCUUUCCCCCUUCGUCGGGAGACAAUAGCUGCGAAGCGGUACUUGCUGGCAGCUCGGAAGGCAGGGGCGGUGUUCUGCUCGGGGAGACGGCUCAGGGCACAGUUUGUGACUAUAAUGUUACGGUUAACUUUCAGUACUGGUUCGUCGGUAACGUCUCGUUCACUACGUCGGAUGGCAGGAGGGGAAUUUGCUAUCUGGUUGGACAAGCCUCAGCCUGCGGCGAUUGGGUUUGGCGCGAUAAUGUUUGGUGCGAAGCGCCGUACAUAGACUGCUAGUGCUAAGAUCUGUAAGAUUUGGCACCUUGGUAGGAAUUACAGUGCGCGCAGAUGCGCCUGCAUCCCGAAGUUGUGUCAACCAAAGGAGAAAACAUACAUAGACAAUAAAUCUGGC